AUGGAUCCGCUGCCGUCAAUAUCCCCGAAGCGCAAGCAAAUGCCCAUGGCCAGUAUCUUUGGCGCAAAGACACCUGCCCCCUCUUCUUCCGCGAUACCCUCAUCUUCGCCCGCAUUUGGCACCCCGGUACACCCCCUCAAACCGUUUAAAGUUUCGGCGCCUGCGAAGCAUGCGAUUCUCCCAAUAAUCCUCCCACCGGCCACCCUUCGACCUUUGGCAUUUCGGACGUUCACGAAGAAACACAGUCUGACGUUGACCUCAACCGCUCUCCAAGAACUCGCAACCUUCAUUGGCCGUCAUUGUGGCUCAGCUUGGCGGGAAGAGGGCCUGGCGGAGAAGGUGUUGGAAGAGGUGGCCAAGUCUUGGAAGAAUCGCAAUGGUGGGGUCAUUGUUGACGGCGCUAGCACGGAGCUGAAGGAUAUUCUGAAGACCUUGGAGGGGAAUAUGAGCGGAGGCAAGAUUGUGACGGGCGCAAGGGGCCUGAGCCGACAGAAUAGUCUUUUGAUCGAGCCGGGACAAGACGCGGACAUGUCGAAUACGAGGUUGGGGUUGCGGCCAGUACAGUCGUCUUUGGUACGGGAGGAUAGCCAACAGAGCUUCGGCAUGUCCAGUCUCGGUGUAGAGGAGGACGAUGAAGAAGAGAACAUCAGGGAUGCGCGUAAAUGGCUCAAUGUCAUCGACGCAUAUGACCAUCCGAGGUUCUCUUACAAUGUUGCCAAGAAGCAUUUCGAAAGAGAAACAUCGAAACCUUCCCUUUUACCACCAGCAAAAAACAAGACUGCUCUGUUCCGAAACAGGUACAACGUCAUACACCAAAGGUUACUCAGGAACGAGUCUUUCCAAACGUCAGCCGUCGCGAGCGCCAGAGCACCAUCACUUAAGCGCUCUUCGUCGAAUCAACUGAAUCAUAAGAUCACACCAAUUUCCAACCUCUUGGGCCGCCACGGGAGUCAUCAUAUGCUUCUGGGUAUGCUGAACGUACUUCCCGCGGGAGGUCUUGCAAUUAGUGACCUCACAGCUACGAUUGCGCUCGACGUCUCCCAAGCGGUUGCAAUUCCCGAGGACUCGGCAUGGUUCGCACCAGGCAUGAUUGUUCUUGUGGAUGGUGUCUACGAAGAGGAAGAAGAGUCCACCGGCAAAGGCUUGAGUGGAAGCAGUGGUGUCGGCGGGACGCUGGGUGGUAGAUUCCAAGGCUUCUUCAUCGGCCAGCCCCCCUGCGAGAAGAGGAAAGCCACACUAGGUGUCAGCGGCCCAGACGGCGGCCAGGACCACACCAUAGGAGGCGGAUUCGGCUGGAUCGACUUUCUCGGCGUGGGCAGCGAACGGGCUGUCGGGUCCAAGAUGCGAAAGCUCGAGCAGCGCCUCCUGCCCCGCCACUCUGCCGAAGAGGUUCCUAGCAGGGGCCGGAUGGUCAUCCUUGGCGAGCUGAAUCUCGACCAGCCACGGACCUUACAGGCCUUGCGGAGGAUCCUCACGAUAUAUGCUGCCAAGCCCGAAGGCGUAAGUCCCAUGAGCUUCAUCAUCACGGGCAACUUCACCCAGCACGCCGUCCUCGCGAGAGGCGGUAGCGGUGGUAGCAUAGAAUACAAGGAAUAUUUCGACGCCUUGGCUUCAACACUAUCCGAGUUUCCAACUCUCCUUCAAACGUCCACCUUUAUCUUCGUCCCCGGCGAUAACGACGCCUGGGUCUCUUCCUUCACCGCGGGAGCUGCGACCCCACUGCCGCGCAAAGGAGCUCCGGACGUCUUUACGUCCCGCAUCAGGCGCGUCUUCGCCGCGGCUAAUGCAGAAGUCGGGGCUAAGAGCGACGGCGAGGCCAUCUGGACCUCAAAUCCCAGUCGUGUGACGCUGUUCGGCCCCAACCACGAAGUCGUCAUCUUCCGCGACGACAUGUCAGCCCGCCUCCGCCGCGCGGCUGUACGCCUCAAAACCUCGAAGCAACCUCAAAACGAAGACGAAGAAAUCCAAACCGCUGGAAUUGAAAGCGGCUCAGACGAUGUUGUCAUGGGCGGUAGCGACCCGGUCGAGGAGCCGGCCGUAGAGGAGGCCAUGGACGUCGACAUUCCAGGGAAGAGAGCCGCCGUCAAGCAGGUCAGUCCGAGCGUCCCGCAGGAUGUGCACACGGCCCGGAAGCUUGUAAAGACGGUCUUGGACCAAGGCUAUUUGGCGCCGUUCCGUCAGUCGAUUCGUCCCGUGCACUGGGACUACGCGACCGCGUUACACCUGUACCCGCUGCCGACGUCCAUGGUGCUCGUAGACACGACCGCGCCGCCGUUCUGCAUCACGUACGAGGGCUGCCACGUCAUGAACCCGGGCAGCAUUCUCGUCACUGGGCGGACGCGGGUCGGCCGUUGGAUAGAGUAUGAGAUUGGGAAAGUAGGGAAACUGCGGGAAACGACGUUCUAA